GGAAGCGCAGAUCCUGCCGGCUCUGGACUAGCCGCUCAGCACCAGGGCGGAAGGAAGACGAGGCGAGGCAAGCGCCAAGCUUCCAUCCGGACUUCAAGGCCAGUGGCUGGGUCUGGUUUUCUCAACACGGCCUCCUAGUCUCCUUCCCGCUUGGGCAUCUGUUUUUCUUAUAUAGACCCUGGAGCCGCCCGUGAUGUUCUGUAAGCAGGUUCCGCUUCAGAAUCAGAGGUACUUAAGAGGGAACGUGGAUGCUAGACCUGCCCUUGCUGCUGGCCUCAGUUUCUUUACCUGUAAAACAGGGAUUUUGGAACUGUUAAAUUAAAUCAAACUUAAAAGAAUUACAACUUAAAGCUGCUGGAACUUUACAUGAUCCCGAGCCUUGAGAGGAAUGUGGCUAUGCAGCCUGAGUCAUGUGGCAUGCAGAUGCAACCUCUGCCUUUUUCCGCUGUAAAUAAUUAAGAAGACCAAGUAGCAUCCAAGAGUCACCUAAGCUGAAGAUUCCCUUGAGAACAAGUACUGUCCUGUGGUUUCAUGGCCUUUCUUCCAUUUGUGGUUCUUGCCAAGCGGAAUUUAAAUGACAUCUUAUCAAGAUGGAUAAACCCUAGUUUCCCAGUGCUGGAAUAUAGAAAAUGGAUGGACAAGUAAAUCCCACUCAGCACCCAUAGCCCAGGCAUGGGGACCUCAACACAUUUGAGCCGCAGAGAUCACCUUUCAUUAAUGUCUUUUUGUCACUUCCGGCUGGAUCUACCAUGAAAGAUUUCUGAAUCCAGGAAGAGAGAUUGACUGGGCAACAUGUUAUUCAGAAACAGGACCUUGCCCUGUCACUCAGGAUGGAGUUCAGUGGUCCAAUCAUGGCUCACUGUAGCCUCAAACUCCCAGGCUCAAGCAAUCCUACCACGUCAGUCUUCCCAGUAGCUGACAGGGUCUCACUCUGUCGCCCAGGCUGGAGUGCAGUGGCAUGAUCUUGGCUCACUGUAGUGUAGACUUCCCAGCCUCAAGGGAUCCUCCCACCCCAGACUCCCAAGUAGCUGGAAUUGCAGGUCUCACGCUCUCACUCAGGCUGCAGUACAGUGGCACAACCUCUGCUCACUGCAGCCUCUACCUGCCAGGCUCAAGCAAUUCUCCUGACUUAGCCUCCCGAGUAGCUGGGAUUACAGUUGAAGCAUAUGUCCUGCGAGCUUAGGGGUGCUACAAGUUGACCACUGCAGCAGUAAAGAUGAUUCUGAAGAAUGGCAUGGGAUGGAUCCUUUCGAAUGCACUUGAGCAGCGGUCUCCAACCACAGGGCCACAGAGCUGGAGGUGAGCAGCAGCUGGAUCUACCAUGAAAGACUUCUGAAUCCAGGAAGAGAGACUGACUGGGCAACAUGUUAUUCAGGAGAUGGGGUCUCACCCUGUCACCCAGGCUUGAGUACAGUAGUGCUAUCACAGCUCACUGCAGCCUUGAACUCCUGGGCUAAGGAUCCUCCUACCUGAGCCUCCUGAGUAGCUGGGACUGUAGGGUCUCCCUCUGUUGUCCAAGGCUGGAGUGUAGUAGUGCUAUCACAGCUGACUGCAGCCUCAACCUUCCAGGCUGAAGCGAUCCUCCCAUCUCAACCUCCCACGUGGCUGAGACUACAGGCGCUUGCCACUAUGCCCAACUAAUAUUUGGAAUUUUCCUAUACGUGGAUUCCAGAGGGGUGAUAGCGAAACGUGGGACCAUCCAGUUGCAGGAAAACGAGCUUAACACGCCCACUGAUUCUACAUUAUGCUCCUACCUCCCGGCAGCCUCUCCAGGCCCAGAACUUUCUCCAGUUGGCCUCCACAGACCAAGCUCAUGACUCACAAUGGCCUAUUUAGGCCCAUACCCUACCUCACGGCAGUCUCCGCAGAUGAGGCUACUGCCUCACAACAGCCUCCACAGGCACAGCUCCAUCGUUACAAUGGCCUCUUUAGACCCAGCUCCUGCCUCCCAGCCUUCUCUCUAGGCCCUGAACUUUCUCAAGUCGACGUCACCAGGCCCAGCUCAUGCUUCUUGGCAACCUCUCCAGGCCCAGCUCUUCCUCCCGGCGGCCUCUGCAGGCCCAGACUGUCGUCAAGUCGGCCUGUCCAGGGCCAGCUCCUGCCUCCUGGCGCCCUCUGCAGGCCCAAGUCGUCCUCAAGUCGGCCUCCCCAGGCCCAGCUCCAGCCUCUCGGCGGCCUCUCCGGGUGCAAAAGUUCCUCGAGUCAGCCUCUCCAGGCCCAGCUCCUCCUGCCUCCCACUGGCCUCUUUCGGCCCAGCCAAGCUCAUGCGUCCCGGCGGCCUUCCCAAGCCCCGCUUUUGACUUUUGGCGGCCUCUGCAGGCCUCGACAAGGCCCGGCCUCCUGCCUCCCGAAGGCCUGCACAGGCCCAGCCUCUGCCUCACAGCAGACUCUCCACGCCCAGCUAGCUCUCGCCUCACUGUGGCCUCCCCAGUCCAAAGCUCCUGCCUCUCGGCCGCUUCGGCAGGCCCAGCUCCCACCUGCCAGUGGCCUCUUCAGGCCCAUGGGGCUCAUUCCUCACAACGGCCUUUCCAGGCCCAGUUUUUCCCUUCCGGCGCCCUCUCCGGGCCCAGAACCUCCUCAAGUUGGCCUCUCCAGACCCACUUACAGCCUCCCGGCGUCCUCUCCGGGCCCAGCCCUUCCUCCUGGCUGCGUCUCCAGGCCCGACUCCGGCCUCCCAACAAGGUCUUUGGACUCAGCUCCCGCCCAGCUUCCGGCGGCCCUGGUAGGCACACAACUUCCUGAAGCCAAGCUCCCCAGGCCCAGCUCAGGCCUCACGGUGGCCUCUCCAGGCUCAGCUCCUGCCCUCCGACGGCGUCUCCAGGCCCCAAACGGCCUCCGGUCGGUGGGCUCCUCUAGGCCCAGCUUGGGCCUCCUGGCAGCCUCUGCAGGCCCAAAUCGUCCUGAAGUCGGCCUCUCCAGGCCCAGCUCCAGCCUCCCGGCGGCCUCUGCAGGCCUAAGUCGUCCUCAAGUCGGCCUGGAAGUGGGCCUGGAAGAGCUGCAAGUCGGCCUCCCCGGGCCCAGCUCCGUCCUCUCGGCGGCCUCUCCAGGUGCAAAACUUCCUCGAGUCAGCCUCUCCAGGCUCAGCUCCUCCUGCCUCCCAGUGGCCUCUUUGGCCCAGCCCAGCUCAUGGCUCUCGGCGGUCUUCCCAGGCCCCGCUUUUGACUUUUGGUGGCCUCUUCAGGCCCAGAACUUGACCUCCAGUCGGCCUUUGCAGGCCCAGCCUCCUGCCUCUCGAAGGCCUGCAUGGGCCCGGCCGCGGCCUCACAGAGGACUCUCCACGCCCAGCUAGCUCUCGCCUCACUGCGGCCUCCCCAGUCCAAAGCUCCUGCCUUUCGGCCACUUCGGCAGGCCCAGCUCCUGCCGGCCAGUGGCCUCUUUAGGCCCAGCUCAUUCCUCACAGCGGCCUUUCCAGGCCCCGU